AUGCUCAUGGCAGCCAUUUGUCCCCUCCCCGCCUGUCAAGGUCGCACGUUUAUCUCAGAUACUGCUCUUGAGCAGCACAUGCGCUCAUCAAGGCUGCAGCAUCCCUUUUGCGAAUCUUGCGAUCGCAAGUUUGUCAACGUACCGGCGUUCGCUCAGCAUCUACAAGCCAUUCAUAGCCCUCAAUAUAACUGCUGCGCCAAGACGUUUCACUCGAACGAGUCAUUGAAGCAGCACCAAACCACUGCUUCAUCACAUCCAGAAUGUUCGUGGUGCGAUGAAAGGUUUAUCAAUGAAGAGGAGCGUGAUAAUCACGAGGUGGCACGUCACAGGCUGGUGCAAUGUCGAGUUUGCAGAGACUGCGUGGUUCGACUGCAUGAGCUCGAUGACCACUACGCCGACUCUGAUCAACAUGAUCGUUGUUCGUUCUGUCAGCGUGGCUUCUCGGAUAGGGAAGAGCUAUUUGCUGUAAGUGGUGUAAGCUCUGCCUUGACGCUCGUCCAACUCAAAAUGCCAAGCAUAUACGGGAAAGUCAUCCAAAUGUAUUCUGCGAAGAGUGCAAUGAAUCGUUCUUAUCUGAAGAAUCGCUCCAACUUCAUUAUGAUCAAGAGAUCACUAAGCACCCGAGUUGUAGAGUAUGUAACAUCGGGUUCAAAGAUUAUUCGGAGCUCUGUGAGCAUCUUGUGA